AUGGAGCAGUGCCAAGAGAGGAAGUUUGUGUGUAGGUUCUGCAGCAAGAGGUUCCCUUGUGGGAAAUCACUUGGAGGUCACAUCAGAACUCACAUGAACCAAGAGAACUCAGCUGAUUCAGAUGAAGAUGAACUCAAUAAGCUCAGAGUAGACGAAAGUGGAGGUCAGUCUAGCUACGGUCUGAGAGAGAAUCCUAAGAAGAACAAGAGGUUUGUGGUCCAGAGAGGCAUGAUGGCUCUGAAACAGCAACAACAGCAACUUCUCUGUUGCAGAGAAUGUGGUAAAGGUUUCCCUUCUUCUAAAGCUCUCUGUGGUCACAUGGCUUGUCACACUGAGAGAGAGAAGAUUGUUAUGGAUAGUCAAUCUGAAACUGAAGCUUCUUCAUCACCUAUGAGGAGAAGAUCCAAGAGAGCUGUCAAACAUCAUCAGCAUCAUCACCACAAGUCUGAUGCUUUUGUAGUUGGUGGAAGCAUCACGAAUCAAUACGGUUCAGCAUCUUCUGAUGACACUGGGAUUGAGCCGGAACAAGAGGAAAUGGCAUUGUCUCUGAUGAUGCUGUCUAGAGACUUAAGUUUCAAGAAAGGACAUAACAUGGUUGUGAACCACUCUCUGGCUGAGUCAUCGGACAACUACUCUGUGAUUCUUGAGACCAAGUCAUCUUCAGGAGAACAGCUGAAGAAAGUGGAGGAGUUCUGUAAGAAAGACAAACUUGGAGGAGUGGAUAAUGGUAAUGUUAUGUAUGAUUCAGAUAACUCUGAUUCUGGCUACUUCAGGAAUGGACCAAAGAAGUUGGACUCAGAUGUUUCUGUUGAUGGGUUCCUCGGGAACAAUGGGGCUGUAAUGGGAUUCAACAGCUCUACAACAAAAGAAGACAAGAACAUGAACAGAUUCAAGAAAGAAUGGCCAGGACCUGGAUCAGGUCGUUCUUCUACAAAGUAUGAUCUGAGGAAAACCAAAAGAGGCUUUCCAUGUUACGGUAGAAAGAAACUCAAGUAUGAGUUAACUGAAUCUGUGUAUGAUAGUGGUGAUCAGCUAAGCUUGGAGACUGAUUCUUGUGCAGAAACAAUCAAGAUUCAUAGUAAAGCCACAAUGGUUAAGAAAGCAAGCGGUUCAAAGAAGAAAAGCAAAGGUCAUGAGUGUCCUAUUUGCUUCAGGGUGUUUAAAUCAGGACAAGCUUUAGGUGGACACAAGAGAUCACAUUUCCUUGGGAAUCAUGAACACAGGACUUUGGUCAUCCAACAACAACACCAAGUGGCUAAUGAGAUGCAUACACUCAUCGACCUCAAUCUUCCUGCUCCUAUUGAUUAAAUGCAUCAGCAGUAACUGAAACAUCAAGAUUUUGUUCUCA